AGCUGUUGGUCCACAGAAGUGUUUCGCGCACCGGUGGUGUUUGCCGUGAUGGCGGGGCUUCAGUUCCCGGCCAAUGAGAAGGGCGAGAGGUCGACCACCUCGUUCAACAAGGCGGUCUACAGCACGAUGGCCAGCAGCCUUGGAGCCAAGGAUUUGGAGGACAAGAUCAAAGGAGAGAAGGAUUGGAGACACAAGUAUUGCCUGCAUUUGGAUCAGCUAGUCGAGCAAACCCUGCUGCUCAAGGACUCCGCAAAGCUGCAAGAAGUUCUCAGCAAGGGCUUGGAGAAAGCACGGGCCAUGGACUUCGACGCGGGCAGUGGCCCAGUGCCCUUGAAAGACGCCUUGAGUGCAGCAGUUUCAUCGAAGUUCACCACUGUCAAGAUCUCGGGCACUGGCACGACGAGUCCAAGCUUCGUGUUGCCCUACAAUGGGAAGGAACUCACAGGUGAGGCUUUGGAGAAACAAUGCGACCAGUGGAGCGCCUAUGGCACCAUGGAACCGGACUGCGCGGCCGCCAUCAAGGCGGGCGCCCAGCGGCUGCAUGCUGUGAAGGGACGGACUUUCCUCGUGCUGGGUGCCGGUUCUGAACUGGGACCCGUGAGGCCUUUGUUGGAGGC